CGCUCGCACCGCCGCCCCCGCCCCGCUCCGCACGAUGCCGAGCUUCCUGAAGUGGCUGCUGGUGACCGUGGGGGUCGCCGUGGCGGUCGUGGCGAUCACCGUGCCCCUGGUGAUUCUCACCGGCAAAAGUCCCUCGAAGUCUGAUUCACGAAAAACGUACACUCUACAGAAUUACUUGAACAAUGACUAUUCGUACAAACCCCAUAAUUUGCAGUGGAUUUCAGGAAAUCAGUAUCUCCAUGAAACAAAUGGGAACAUCCUGCUUAUCAGUGCUGACAGUGGAACAUCCUCAGUAAUCUUGGCGAAUACAACAUUAGAUAAGUACAAGGCAAGCACAGCUAUAUUGUCUCCUGACCAAAAGUUUGCUCUUCUGCGGUACAACUACAGAAAGUUGUGGAGGCAUUCCUUUACAGCUUCGUAUCACAUCUAUAAUUUCAGUAGCAGCUCUAUCUUAGAUGAUGGACUACUACCUAAUGAUACACAAUAUAUAUCCUGGUCACCUGUUGGUCACAAACUGGCAUAUGUUUGGAAAAAUAAUGUUUAUGUAAAAGCUUCACCAACAGCAGAAUCUAAGGAAAUCACUCAAAAUGGAGAAGAAAAUAAAAUUUUCAAUGGAAUACCAGAUUGGGUCUAUGAAGAGGAAAUGUUUAGCACCAAUUCUGCUCUUUGGUGGUCUCCAAAUGGCAAUUUUCUGGCAUAUGCUGUCUUUAAUGAUACAGAAGUUCCUGUUAUAGAGUAUUCCUUUUAUUCUGAGGACACCUUGCAGUAUCCAAAGACCAUUAAAAUCCCAUAUCCCAAGGCAGGAACUACAAAUCCAAUUGUGCGAUUCUAUAUUGUGGAUACCAGGUCAUUACCAAAUCCCAUCCCUGUUGAAAUUCCUCCACCUACAGAAAUAAAAUCAGGGGACCAUUAUUUGAGUGCUGUAACAUGGGUGACAGAUGAAAGGAUUUGUCUGCAGUGGCUCAGAAGAAUUCAGAAUUUUUCAGUCCUCACAGUCUGUGACUUUGAAAAUGGUAAUUGGUCAUGUCCACAGGGAAAACAACAUACGGAAGAAAGCACAACUGGCUGGAUUGGCAGAUUUCAGCCAUCUGUCCCUUACUUUGCACCCGACAAUGCUACCUACUACAAAGUCCUCAGCAACGCAGUAGGUUAUAAGCACAUCCAUUACAUAAACGGCUCACAGGCUCCAGUACCUGUUACUUCAGGGAGGUGGGAAGUAAUCAGCAUAGAAGCUGUAACAAAAGACUUUUUAUACUACAUUAGUAAUGAAAAUGAUGGAAAGCCAGGAGGAAGAAAUCUCUAUAAAGUGCUCUUGGAAAGCAGUCCAAGUUCUACUAAAUGUGUUAGCUGUGAUCUGAAUCAAGAAAGAUGCCAGUAUUAUUCUGUGUCCUUCAGCAAAGAUGCACAGUAUUAUCAGCUAAAUUGUCUUGGUCCUGGCCUGCCCAUGUCUACUCUGCACAGAAGCACUGAUGAUCAAGUCCUCAGAUACUUGAAAAAUAACACUGAACUGGAAAAUGCAUUGAAAGAUAUUCAGAUGCCUUCAAAAAAAUUUGGCUCCCUUAGUGUAGGUGGAUACAACCUGUGGUAUGAAAUGUUACUGCCUCCCCAUUUCGAUUCAUCAAAGAAGUACCCUCUGCUCCUUGAUGUAUAUGCAGGGCCUUGUAGUCAGAAAGUAGACUAUACCUUUGAGCUCAGCUGGGCUACUUACCUUGCAAGCACCGAGCAGAUCAUUGUGGCCAGCUUUGACGGCAGAGGAAGUGGAUACCAAGGCGAUGAAAUUAUGCAUGCAAUAAACCGAAGACUGGGAACAUAUGAAGUGGAAGAUCAGAUAGCGGCAGCCAGAAAAUUUUCAGAAAUGAGCUUUGUUGAUAAGGACAGAAUAGCUAUUUGGGGUUGGUCGUAUGGGGGAUAUGUGACCUCCAUGGUGCUUGGCUCUGGAAGCGGCGUGUUCAAGUGUGGAAUAGCGGUUGCCCCCGUGUCACAUUGGCAAUAUUACGAUUCAAUAUACACAGAGAGAUACAUGGGCCUUCCUACAGCAAGUGAUAAUCUGAACAACUAUAAUAAUUCAACCGUAAUGGCCAGAGCUGAAAAAUUCAAGGAUGUUGAAUAUCUCCUUAUUCAUGGAACAGCAGAUGAUAAUGUUCACUUUCAGCAAGCAGCACAGAUUUCCAAAGCUCUUGUUGAUGCCGAAGUGGAUUUUCAGGCAAUGUGGUAUACUGACAAAGACCAUGCCAUCUCCGGUCAAGCACAUAAGCAUAUUUAUACCCACAUGAGCCACUUCCUAAAGCAGUGUUUCUUGCUGCCCUAGAACCAGCAUUUUGCCUGUUAGUGAUGGUACUUCUUCAGAAAACUCUCUUGAUCGUGUAGUCUGAGCCAGUAUAAAUCAAGAUGAGAUAAGAGUCAGCUCUUGGGAUACCAGUGUACAUAAUGAAAUGCUAAUCUUUAUGAUUUCUGUUGCCAAGCAACUACUGCAUUUUUACUGAUUGUGGUUAAUCAGGUCUUAACAUCACCAGAAUGAUGUUGCAGACUUCUAGGAAGCAUAGUACUUCCUUCAGUUUUUUAUUAGUUUUUGGCAUUUCAGUCUAAAUGAGAAGCCAUCCAGUUUGUGUAUUAUGGUAAUGAAUGAUAAAAAUGCCACAGAGGAACCAAUGUGGAAAUCAGUUGCAGAAUAAAAGCAAAGAUGUUUCUAUCAAAAAUGAAAUGUAUCCUGGGAUCAUUUCUGUGAAAACACUGACAAAAAGUUUUGAACGAAUUCUGUAAUGCUUGCUAAUUAUUAUUUUAAGAUCAUCAUCAGGAAUACUGUGAUGUUAAUAUUUUCUGUGCAGAAUGAAAGGCUGUUUAUACUGCUGUUCCUUAAAUUAAUGUCUUCUCUGCAAUCUCUUGGAUUACAAUUGUAGAAGUCUUACAAGGAAAGCAUGUAUCCAGCUUUCACCAAACAUUUUGAAUGAUACCUACUCAAACCAAUGUCACUGCAUUCCUUCGUUUGAUAUUAUUAUAUAGAACUGUGAUUAUUUCUUAUUUUUAUAGUAAAAAAGGCUGCUGGUCGGCGAGUCUGCUCUGGUAAAAUCUUCCCUGUGAACUCUAAAAGACCACCAUUGGUUUUUUUAAUGUAGAAGUUUCUUAUUUACCGAUGAAUAGGCUCUCUUCCUUACAUUCAAACAUAAAACAUUACAAUGAAAAAUAGCAGUCACUUAAAGCAAGAGCUGGACCAUCACUCUUCUGUGAACGUGCUCUUUGGCAAACCUGCUUUUCCUUACAGCCUACCAGUAAAGGUCUGAGUUGUCUUCAGCAUUCCAGGUAGGCUUCUCCAUCUGAGGAUAAGAUUAGUUUUCUCAAUUUCACAUAGCUAGAAAAGAUGCAACCCACUUGUACUUAAAAACUGUGCUGCUUUAAAAUAAUAAUGACAUCAAGUCAUUAAAGGAGGUAUAGUCCAUAUAAUUGAAAAUGUUGCUUUAGAAAAAAAAAACCUUUUAGAGUUUUUACAAAAAUCCCUAUUAAUUUUAAGGGAGAUGUACAGCGAAGCUUCUGUUUUCGUGUAAUGGUAUCAUGUAAUGGAGUGUGACAUGAUUAGCUAACACUUACCUUCUUGAUAUUACAUGCCAGCCUGUGAUUAUGUCUGUAUUGUGGGUUAUUAGUGGCAUUAGGUGUGAAUGUAAAAAGUACUCCUGCAGACGGCUAAAGCAUGGGGGACAAUGUGAAGACACUUUGUGCAGCUUGUCCUUAAAUGAUAAAAGAGAAAGGAGGCUGACGUAGAAAAUAAGGUUUUGUUUUCACAAAGAAACCACGAAUCACUCGACCCGCAAAAUAAGGUGUUGGGGUUUUUUUUGAAACACACUGGAGCUGGGUUUUACAAAUACCAUCUUGGGUUCAAGGCAGGAGUGGUUCUAAUAUAGACUGGCACCACUGUUAAAGUUUUGUUGGAGUACAGGCUGUCAGUUGUCUCCAAGAGGUUAUAGUAUCACAUCUCUCACUCUUUUGACUCAAGGGAAGGAAACAUAAAUCAAUAUAAGGUAGAUCACAGCAAUACACAGGUUAUAAAAAAAGAUUAUCGUUAGGAACUUAAAGAUGGCUUGUGUACGCAAUGGUAAAUAGUUGGGAUUUAUUUUAAUAUUAUCACUUACAGUGUCAUAAAGACAAAAAAAGUAUUUCUGUAAUCUGAAAAACUACUUUAACUAGGCUCUCAUUCAAUAACUGCAGGUAUUAGUGUAAUCAGAGAAGGAUUCUUUGAAAAAAAAAAACCUAGAAAUUAUAUGGUCUGGGUAAGCCUUUCAUUAAGUAAAGAUGCAAUUCUUUGCAUCUGACAUACCUUAAUGAUGCUAGCAUCUCACUGGGAAGCUCUUCUGUAUUCUUUUUACAUAGUCCUCUUUUAAUUGUCUUAUCUACGAGGCAUAACAAAAUACAAUGCUAAUUAUCUUAAAUUUCUUUGUCUGGAAAGCAGCUUAUAUCCUGCUGAUAAGGAAUGAUGGAACUACUAAAACAACAACAAAAAAGUUUUAUUGCUAUAAUAAGUGUCCUAAUAAACAUCAAUUCAGUGUCAAAUUUUUCACUCUGGUAGAAGUCCCUCAGCUCCAAAAAUAAUGCAAGCACUAAGAUAAUAUAGCUGCCUGAGGGAACUGAGAACUUGCUUGAACUGCAUCAGCAUGGGUAAAUACCUAAAACUGAGGCAGCAAAACAAAGCCAGCUCAUUCCAUUAUGAUACAAAGCCAGAAAUCACUUGUGCCUGAGGAGUGCCUCAUGUUAGUUAGGCAGCUACCAAUUUCCUUUUUGCUUUGCAUUUUUUUUUCCUGUGUGAAAGGGAUAUUUAAGUUUGUUGUACAGUAUUUACAGUUUGUGUAAAUUCCUGACAGAAGUAGCUGAAACCUGAGGUGUGAUUGUUACCAUUCAUAGGGUGGAAGGCUGAUAGUCUUUGUUUUAAAAACUGGUAAAGAAGCUCAAAGGGAUUUAAGUAAGAUGGAAUCAAUACUAUAAAUAAUACUGGGCUUUAAGGCCUGAAAGUUUUUCAGUAUCAGAAGUUUGCUGUCCUGAGAUGAGCAGAAGAACUGAGGAAUUUUCAGUUGUAUGAUCUUACCUAUAAACACUAAAAAGACUCAACCCAGACUGCAUGGUCUGCAUCACUUCUCUCAAGAGCAAGGGGGAUGAACUUGUGAUUAGUAAAUUCCCGUUUUCUUCCUGCAACAGGGCAGCUGUGUGCUAUCCCUGCUGUCAAACUUACUGUUAGAGUCAGAGCAAGUCAUCAUCAAUUACACCCAGUGAGACAACACUGAUAAUGUUGCAUGUUUCAGGGAUAUUCCACUUGGAAAUGGAGCAAUACUAGGCUCUACCAUUCAUUAAUUUGUGAAGCAAAAUGUCAGGUAGACAUUUCAAAUACCAUAUGAUAUUGCAAACCUGUUCUGGGUCUUGCAGUGUAAAAAUAAAAUUGAAAAUUAGUUAGGAUAAAUAUUUAUUAUCACAUAACAUAUCUUAAUUGUGAAAAACACAAUAGUCUAUUCACAUGUACACAUAAGCUUUUGUAAUAAAUUACAUCCAAGAAAUUGAGUAAUUUUGACCAGGAAUAUGAAAUUAGAAGUAAAUAUAGCACUACAUCUGCUUUAUACUGUGUGUGAUUUCAGAAUGUUAAGAUUAACAUUGGAAUAGCAUUUAAAUUCACGCAAAACCAGAGUGUUUUAAAAUAAAACCUCUCUGAAAUACUGAACAGAAAUACAGAAUGCCAUUGAAUACACUGACUUCUUAAUAUUCUAAGAGUUGGUCAAGUGAAGCUAAUACAUUUUGAUUGUACACAUUAUCUGUAACAAAGUAAGUCAGCAACGUGUUAAAACACCAUCAGGCUGCUUUCAGAACAAACCAGUAUUGAGCUCCUAUACUAACCUUAAAACAACUGGAAUCUUACAAUUUAUCAUCAAGUACACAAAACAAAGCAUUUAACCGUAAUGCAUCAGCGUUUUUUCCUAAAUUUACAAAUACAAACAUUGAAUUAAAUGUAAAUCCUUCUUUGUGUCCACUAGAUUUUUUUUUUCUCCAUAAAAAUGGCUUUUAAUGGGCUUUAAUAACGUUAAGGUAAAUUUAGAACAGUGACCCUAAUAAGUUUGCAGCAAAAUGCAAUUAUUUAUGGCUAAAGUAGUAAAACAUACACACUCACAUACA